AGCGAAACGGAGGGUCGAGAUGAGAAGAAUUGCGGAGAGGAAACAGACAGAGUUGUCACAUACGUGCGUGUGCUCCUCGUAGAUUCUCCCUGAGAUUAGGAGAGUCGUACGCGGCUGUUGUCCGGGAUCUUCAGGAACUCAGUGACUCGGGUUUCGGCAGUCGGAAGCCCUUCAACCUUUGCUGAGUUUUUUGCAACGGCAAUACUUGAGAGUUUCUUCAUUUCAAACUCGUUUUGAAAGAUUCCAACUCGAUCGAGAUGUCAAGUGAAUCGUCAAAGAAGAAUGGACGGAUAGGGGGCGGCGGGCAAGAUUUCUACGAUCCUGAUUUCACUCAGGAGAUCUCCACGAAGAUGCGUGUGCCUCAGAGAAUCUCAGUCGUUGAUCCAGACGCGAUGAAACCUAUCGAGUCAAUUGGCGAGCCCCACGUUACCAACAACGCUCUAUUCAUGCAUGUUCCAGACCGGAUUCUGAUCGAUGCGGGAGGUCGCCACAUUUCGGGCAGGGAUCCUCUGCCGGAGGCCAAACUCGAGCGCAACAUUUUCGAACUCCAAGACCCGAUUCACUUGACGGCGCCGCCGAGGACUUUGACUCUGGAUCAUCAUACUUUUCCGUCGCUCGAAGACAACACAGUCAAGAAGCAGGUGAAAUUCGAAGAGCCAUCCAAUAAUUUCGAUGAUUUCGACGACGAAAAACUCAUAAAUUCGACAAUAGAGACACCGCCCGGCGACAUUUCCCGAGACGACAUCUCAUCUCUCAAGAAGCAGCUCCGAGAUACUCGCAGACGUUUGGCUGUCCUAGAAGCCGAGAACCGAGAGCGGCAACAGCGAGAAGUCGCGUUUUGUUCUAUCGCGCUAUUCUACUUCAUUGUGAAAGGCGUCUUGUGGGUCAACAAGACAUGGUAGUUUGCCGUAGCCGUCAUCUUUAGUGGGAAGGAACGUCCUGGCCGAUUCGGACGAUCAGGUUCUGAUUCUCCGCGGCGUUCGGUUUCAUUCGAGUAUCAGAACGCGGCUGGCUGAUCGACGAUGCGGAGGAUAAUUCGAAUCACCGGGAUGACCAUCGAUCGACGAAUCGUAUUACACACCUGAAAUUGUUUUAGCGCGAAUUUGGACAACGCUAUACGACACAGCCGCGACUACGACGACUCUACUCUCAUCGACGAACUGCAGCUCGGAAUUUUUUUGCCGUAGACGUGCACUCGGGGAUGUUAUGAAGAAGGCUCUGUUCCCUCUACUGUAUUGCUCUACAGAAAGCUUAGACCAGCGAUCGAGGGAAUCCGCGUAAAGCAAGCCGUCCAAGUAUAGCUGUGAGGAAUUUCGCUGACAUCAUCGACGAAAAAUCUCAUGAACAACGAGCUGAACCUUGGAUGGAGACUGAACAGGAAAUAUUCUGGCUAGGGAUAUGUAACUUCUAUCGUUUGAGCUGCCUACAUCAUUGUCUUCUUGUACGUUGUCUCGGGAGGUUGAUCUUUGUUGUAAAUAAAUAAAUCUACGGCAAAUAUUGCGUCGGAAGAG